AUGUCGCGUCCACCGUCAGCUCAGCGAGAUCAAUCCCCCUCUGUUCAGCGUCCUGAGGUACCGAAAUACUCUUACAUACCUCUCCGGUCUUCAACGAACUCCAAACAAUUUCGGCUUCUGAAGGUUCAUAGAGGAGCCGAUGAGGACGAAGUCGAGUGCGAGUUGAUAAUCCACAGCCUGGAUAAUGCACCAGAGUACGAAGCGCUCUCCUAUGUUUGGGGCAGCCCAGUUCCCCAAGCAAGGAUCCGAUUGGCCACGGGCUACGCGGAGGUUGGACCAAGUCUGUACGCUGCGCUUCGCGGCUUGCGAUAUCCAGAUUCACCUAGGAUGAUCUGGGCUGAUUCGCUGUGCAUCAACCAGGCUGAUGUUUCCGAACGGAACUCUCAGGUCCAAAUCAUGUCCGACAUUUACUCAAGAGCCAGCAGAACUUUGAUAUGGCUGAGCGACGCAACCCCCGAACUUGAAGGCGCCAUCUCGACGUUCCAGUCGAUGCACUCUCGCUCUACAGAAGAAUCACACAACUCGGGAACCCGAACGUCUAGCGAAUCGGAGAAGACGUCUGAAGGCCCUGCUCAGGCCUCAGCGCCACCAUCGCUAAUCAGUCGAAUAUAUGGCCCGGCUGUGGCAUCUCUAUUCAGCUUGCCGUGGUUCACUCGGAAAUGGGUGAUCCAGGAGGCUGUCAAAUCUCAGAACCCGGUCUUCGUUAUCGGAAAGCAAACCCUGCCUUGGGGCGUCCUCCUCGACGUCGCCCGAGAUUCAAUCCUAUCGACGUUCACAAUACAGCUGCAGCAGCCUCAGCAAUCACAGCAAGUCGCCAUACAUGCCAUGAACCUCAUGCUAAUGGCUAGCUUGAGGGCUGAAGAGCCUCAGAACCUGAUGGCGCUGCUUUCCGCAACCACGAACUUCUCUUGUACUGAAGAUAAGGACUAUCUCUUUAGUGUUCUCGGGCUGAUGCCGCCGUCGCUGCGGGCGUCUCCUCUGCUUCAGCCUGAUUACGACAUUUCCUUUUCCGAGAUGCUUCAAAGACUGGUGAGAUGGAGUCUAGAAGAGAGGAGAAGUCUGGACUUUCUUGGCCUGUGUUACUUCCAACCUUCGACCUCCGGCGAGCCCUCCUGGAUGCCCCAGCUCACUCGAGGAUUCCCUGACAUACCUUUGCCUAUGAGGAAACAGGAGUACUUUCGAGCUGGUGGGCCCAGUUCUAUCACUGUAGCCUUCGCCGAUACGAGCAAACUUAACAUGAACGGGAGAAUCAUCGAUACGAUUGAGGCGACUGCAGCAGCAUGGUCGAGGGGUGUAAUGGCGAUAGCAGAGGUCACAGAGGAAGAUUUCUCGUCACGGAGAUUCGCCGACCUCGCCGAGACGUUGACGUGGGCUAGAUACCGCGAACAGGACACUUCAGACAGCGUUGACGCUUUCCAUGGCUACGUAAAUGCCUGCAAACAUAUUGAUUCCUGGGCCGUGGUUGACGGUAUCGACUUCAAGGGGUUUCUGUCCCUUGCUGGGCCUGUUAGGGAGCCUACCAGCAGCAAGGUCUCGUCUGCCAUCUUCCACCAGAACACCUGA